AUGGGGUCCGUAGCCGGUCUCACGGCAUCAUCCACCCGCAAGGUCAUUGUCGCCGGAGCCCAACUAGGCCCCAUCCAUGUCGACACUCCACGGUCCGACGCCAUCGAUCGGAUGAUCAAAUUGAUGGACGAGGCUUUUCGGAAGAAUGCCAAAUUGAUCGUGUACCCAGAAAUCGCCCCUGUCACCUUCUUUCCCCGACAUAUCCUCGAGGGAGAUGAAUUGGAACAAUACUUUGACCGCGCAGUGGAUGGAGAUCCGGCUCAAUCGCCCAAUCUGAAACCUCUCGUCGACAAGGCCAGAGAAUACAAGAUGGACAUGUACCUAGGAUAUGCCGAGUGUACGGGCGACGACCAUGUUCAUUAUAAUACUAGCCUGUAUUAUUCCGGAGCGGCGGAUCAAGUCAUCUCCACAUAUCGGAAAGUGCACCUCCCUGGGACUUUUGAACCGUACGAACGCAAAGACGCGACAAAUCAAUUGGAGAAACGAUAUUUCAAACCGGGCGACUUGGGAUUUCAAGCAUUUCGGGCUCCGGGGUUGGUACCAGAUGUGGCGAGCCUGAAAUCGGGUGCCCAACCCAAUGAACCGGACACAGUGGGAAAAGGAGACCCCAUUGUGGGAAUGCUCAUCUGCAAUGACCGACGAUGGCCGGAGGCGUGGCGGGCAUAUGGAUUACAGGGAGUGGAAUUAGUUCUGUGUGGAUAUAACACGACGGCAUGGGCACCCGAACUGAUCGGGACCAACAAGAAAAUCUCCACGCCGGAAAAAGCCAAAGAAGAGGCGUUGUUCCACCACAAACUAUGCAUCACCUACAACAGCUAUGCCAAUGCGUGUUUCAGCAUCAACGUGGCCAAGUGCGGAUAUGAAGACGGGAAAUACCCCUUGAUCGGAGGCAGUUGUAUUGUGGAUUGUGAUGGCGAGGUGGUGGUGGAAGCGUCGACGGAGGAGGAUGAAUUGAUUGUGGCCGAGAUCGAUCUGGGCCUGUGUCGCCGGGGCAAAGAGAAGGUGUUUGCCUUUGAGAAGCAUCGACGGACGGAGCAUUAUGCGCGGAUUGUUGGACAGACGGGCGUGGUCGAGCCCGACUUGCUCUAG